UUUGGUAGAAUUUUUAUCUUUAGGCUGAUGGUACUCUGUAAUCAGUGGUGGGAACUGAAAAUAAUACCAACAUACUCAAUGAUUGACUGCAGUUUUGUACCGAAUCGCUGUAAAAUAUUAGUUUGAGAGAUAACCAUAAUAAUGUUUAAAGGUUGAAAGAAACGAUGGAUAUACUAGUAGCUAAAUGUAUAGUGCUUGUCACACUAUUUGCUUUAGCAUUAAUAUUCAGCCUGCUUCCACUGAAGCUUGUUUCAAAUCUUCGUAAUACAGCAGAUCAUUUGAAACGGACCAGGUAUGGUUUUGUCAUAAGCCUGCUUAGUUGCUUUGCUGGUGGAAUAUUUAUGGGUACUGGUCUGUUGGAUCUUUUCCCAGAAGUCAAUGGGAUGUUGAGUCAGGUAAAUGUUAAAUUAUACAUGAAGUCUUCCUUUCCUGUGGCAGAAUUUACUGUUGCUUUUGGAUUUUUCCUGAUCUUGAUUCUUGAACAGAUAGUUCAGGACUGUAAAGAAAAACACACUGAAAGCAAUUUGCUACAGGAUGAAACUGUAAGGACAGAUGUGAAUCAGUCAUGUGACCCAGAAGGAGAGCACCAACUUCACCAUGAAGUUGAAGCGGGUUCCAGCACGCUAAACGUUCCAGUCUAUCGUGAACCAGAGCUGCACCCAACACUGCGAUCACUUGCUCUUUUAUUUGCACUGUCUUUGCAUUCCUUAUUUGAAGGACUGGCUAUUGGACUGCAAGAAGAAGUGUCCAGUGUCCUUCAGAUCUUUGUAGCCGUUGUGCUUCAUAAGAUGGCUUUAGCAUUUAGUUUGGGACUCAGUCUUGUGCAGACAGAACUUUCUCUGAGAUCUGUUAUCAAGUCCAACUUUCUCUUCAGUAUCACCUCACCAUUAGGGAUGUGUAUUGCAAUAAUGGUAGAGGAGUUCGGACACAGUUUGAAUUCAUCCGUCUUGAAUGGUAUUCUCCAGGGAUUGGCGUGUGGUACAUUUUUUUACGUAACAUUUUUUGAGGUCCUUCCUCAUGAACUCAGUCAGAGUGAAAAUCGUUUACUGAAGCUGUUGGCUCUGUUGGUUGGUUUCUAUGUGGUUUGUUUUGUUCUUUUCUUGGAUCCAACAGAAUCUCCAUAUUGUACGUGUCCGUAGGAGCAGUUUUUGGACUGAUUAAAUUAAACCAGUGUUUUGUGAGUUCAACCUCCUUAGUCUAGCAGAGGUUACACUGUAAAAUAAUUCUGAAUCAUGAAAGUUUGAUAGGUUAUAAUAAUUUUGAUAAAAGGCAGGUUCCAGGGGUCCUGGGGUCAAACUUCAGAGUGGAGACUGGCCAUCCUGACUGAAGCUUUUUCAUGGUAGUCAUGAUAGUGCCUUAAGUAGGCCACAGCUGCUGCCUUCCACAUUCUUUCCAAUUCAUUGGUUGCCAUGUAAUUUAACACUAAAUAGUCUGAGCUGCUAACAGCAUUCUUAAACCACAAAAGAAAGUUGUCGUGAUUUUCCUCUCACUCAAUCUGUGAUGCAGAAAAUUCUUUGAAAAGUCAUUUGUACACUCGGCUUGUCAGAGAAUAGCCCGCUUUCUUUAUGGAGCCCGAAGGUCCUUCACCUUGUUCACAAAAGCCUGCCACAGGACAAACUCCUGAGCCAGCUGCAUCCAGUUUGCUCCAUUAAUUCUUGUCUCCCGAAGGUCCCACUCUGUUGUCAAAAACCCUCAACCUAUGUUUCUCAAAGUGAGAGACCAAAUUUUGCACUUUUCCUACAGACUAAAAUAAUAUUUUGAACAGAUAGAAAAUCAACUUCAGCCAGUUUUUUGUACAUACGACUGAUGAAGUAAAGUUACUCCAAACUUAAGUCUUACAUGAAAAACUUUUCAAGUUACAGUACAGAUUUAAUUCCUUAAAUCUGGAAGCAAAACUAUAUUCAAAGGUUUGUAAAUUUAAACUUAACAUAUGCAGUAAUGUUAUAGGAACAGGAAGUUUCUAAAUAAUAUGCACGAAUAAAGUUUUCUCUGGUA